CAAUAUACAUGUGAUGUUCAUGUAUACUUUAUUCCAUGUCUGUGCACACUAUACAGAGUAAGCAUCUCUACGAAUGUAAACUUCAGUGUGUAUGAGUGAGUCUCUUGCAACUGUACUAAACAAUCUUUAGUGGAUUCUUAUUGGGCCUCUAAAUGUAGUCGACGUUUCAACUGUUCCAAAAAAAGUCCUUAACAAAGCCACGUGGAUUCUUGACGACAGCCAAGGCCCAAUGGGCUUACAUUUUAAAGCUUCAGAGGAGAAGUUGGGCGGGCGAUGAGGAGUUCGAAUCUCACUCAACAGUCAUCUCUAGACACAAGAGAGGGGUCUCUUCUUCGGCAGCCAUGGCAUCAAAUUGAAGCUCGAAUCUGCUUCUCCGUUCCAAAAAAAAGCCAAAUCGGAGAUGCAGUUGAGAUCCUCCGAUGGAAAGGGAGGCUAAUCUUCCGGAUAAACCUCCGAAGAGUCUCGUCCCACCCUCCCUUAACCAGGAAUCAUCAUCUUCUUCCUCCUCCUCCCCCGAGCUUCUACGCCAUCUUCAAGCCGCUUUCAAACGCCAUCGUCCCCUCAGUAAAAUGCAGAAGUCCACUAUCGGGCCUCGGCGAAUGGUUGCUCCGCAACGACAACCUUCAAGGAGUAGUUCUUCUACAGCUGAAGGAGAGCAGAGACCUCAAGCUGUUGUUUCCUUGAGUCACACCCUUGCUCCCAAUACGUUGACACAUGAUACAAGAACCUUAGCCUCCUCUUCUGAGAAUGCGUCCGUAACGACAUGUUCAUUGCCAGGAGCUACUGAUAAUUUGUUUGGCGAGAGUCUCAACCCUUCAGACAGGCUGAUGGCUUUGCGAAAACCUGCUACGGUAAUGAAAAUGAAUGCAAAUGAAAAUGUCAACAGAAAGGUUCAGUCUCUCGUUGGCAGCACCACCCUCACAUCUCAUGAUAUGGAAUGGGAUACAACAAACCAGGCUGAAGCAUCAAACGUUGGUGCUUCUACUAGUACUAGAUCAAAGCAUCAUAAUCUCCAAUCCGUUGAUUCCGAGACCAGUUUGAAAUCUGAGUACAAGGCUUCUUCAUCUUCCUUGGCAAAGAUGGGAGAGUUUCGCAGCUUCUUGAACCAACCUGCUUCUCAGUGUUCUGCCAUGGGGUCAUCAUGUGCCACAACUACGUCAAUUCGUUCGUCUUCAGCUCCUAUGUUUAACGCAACCACCCAAGUCUCUCGUUGUUAUGUUGAGGCUGAUGCAAAUGCUGUUUCAAGUCAAGUGAACUUGCCUUCUUCUCGUCCUUCUUCCACUAAAGAUCCCCCUUUGGCUGAGAUGCCUAUUGAUCCAGAAGUAAGAGUCAAAGAGAAGCAGCAACAGUGCACUAUAGAGCUUGACGCUCCUGUAGUAUCUUCCAGUCAUGACGUAACAGCUAAACCCACUCUACCAGAUGAGUUGCUCACCAGUGUUAGCUCACAGCCGCAAAAGCCAGAUAAGCAAGAAAAGGUCGCAAGUAGCAAAGGGACAUCAGCGCUUCGUAAAAGAAACUAUGAUCCGGACUUGUUCUUUAAAGUCAACGGGAAACUCUAUCAGAGGCUUGGCAAGAUAGGAAGUGGAGGAAGCAGCGAGGUCCACAAGGUUAUUUCAUCAGACUGUACCAUAUACGCUCUCAAGAAAAUCAAGCUCAAGGGCCGUGACUAUGCUACGGCAUAUGGAUUUUGCCAAGAGAUUGGGUAUCUAAAGAAGCUGAAAGGGAAAACCAACAUCAUUCAGCUUAUAGACUACGAGGUUACAGAUAAGUGUUUACUCCAGGAGGUUCUGAAUGGGACAAUGAGUAACAAAGAUGCAAGAGUUAAGGACGAUGGGUUUAUAUACAUGGUGCUAGAAUAUGGAGAAAUCGAUCUGGCUCACAUGUUAUCUCAAAAAUGGAAGGAAAUCGAAGGUUCUGACCGGACAAUUGAUGAAAAUUGGCUUCGGUUCUACUGGCAGCAAAUACUUCAAGCUGUGAACACCAUACAUGAAGAACGCAUUGUGCACUCUGAUCUGAAACCGGCAAACUUCCUUCUUGUCAGAGGCUUCUUAAAGCUUAUCGACUUUGGUAUCGCUAAGGCCAUUAACUGCGACACUACAAAUAUCCAACGAGAUUCGCAGGUGGGGACGUUGAGUUACAUGUCACCAGAAGCAUUCAUGUGCAACGAGAGCGAUGAAAACGGAAACACCAUAAAAUGCGGAAGGCCAUCAGAUAUAUGGUCGCUUGGUUGCAUACUAUACCAAAUGGUGUACGGAAGAACACCUUUUGCAGAUUACAAAACCUUCUGGGCGAAGUUCAAAGUCAUAACCGAUCCAAACCAUGAGAUCACUUACAAUCAGCUCUCUAACCCGUGGCUCGUCGACCUGAUGAAGAACUGUCUAGCUUGGGACCGUAACCAGAGAUGGAGAAUCCCUGAGCUUCUCCAACAUCCUUUCCUUGCCCCUCCCAUCCCACCCGAGCCUCGAGUCAGCAGCAGCAGCAUUCAACUUAUUAGUCACAUAGCUGCAUCUUUUGGUAGUGAUGACGGGGUUUCAGAGCUUUGUGCUCAACUCCAGGACCGGUUACGUGUUCUCGAAGGAGAAUGA